CACUUAACCCCAUUGCCUAGCCAAAAAGCAAGAAAAAAGAAAAGAAUUAAGAGAUUCGCCCAAGGUGGCGUUUUCUUCUCUUGAUGCUUUUGCCACAUUCACAAAUCCGAUCCCAUGGAUGUGGGCGCUAUCUGCUAUCUUCUUUGUGACCCUUCACAUCAUGCAGAUCAGCCACAGGAUGUCCAUCUACCCAUUUUGCUUCAGGCCAACCUCAAGUUCAGUCAUUUAACAGACAUUAAAAUACCUAGUGUGUGCCAAAAGCUGGGGGGUGCAGAGACAAAAAUGAAGUAGGCCUUGUCUUCAAGGAGCUUAUUUUCUAGGUUGGGGCCACUGUACACAUGAAUGAGGGGAGCCGGGAGGAGGAGAAGCCAGCGCUGGAGGAAUUGAGUGUGACCCAGACUAUGACUGCCUCCAAAGAAUUAGAGAUGAGAAUUGGCCGGAGGGCAGUGGAGAGGCCUGUGGGGGGGGGAAUAUUUAGAAACUCUUAAGAAUAGGAGUAAAGGAACCCCGUGGAAAAGUGCACGGACAGCCAGAGAAGAAUGCAGACUUAGAAGUGGACAAAGAGCUCAGCUGGAUGCACACCCUUUUUACCAAGGAGGUUGUCCCUCCAGCCUAUUCCAGAGAGGAAGAUUCCCAGCCGGUAUCUAGGCCAGCCCAGCCCCUUUACACACCCACACCUUCUCAGACCAGGCGAGGUGACCCCAGGACUGUCCCAAGUGGAGUAUGCUCUGCGCAGACACAAACUGAUGGCUUUGAUCCAGAAGGAAGCCCAAGGCCAGGCUGGGACAGACCAGGCAGUGGUCUUGCUCUCCAAUCCCACGUUCUACAUGAGCAAUGACAUCCCCUAUACCUUCCACCAAGACAACAACUUCCUGUACCUCUGUGGAUUCCAGGAGCCUGACAGCAUCCUGGUCCUUCAGAGCCUUCCUGGCAAGGAGCUCCCUGCCCACAGAGCCGUGCUCUUUGUCCCUCGGAGGGAUCCCGGCCGGGAGCUCUGGGACGGGCCACGCUCGGGGGCUGACGGAGCCGUGGCUCUCACUGGUGUGGAUGAAGCUUUCCCUCUGGAGGAGUUCAGGCAUCUGCUCCCCAAACUGAAAGGUUUCCUGUUGGAAGCGGAGACGAGUACGGUUUGGUAUGACUGGACCAAACCCUCCCAUGCCCAGCUACAUUCUGACUACAUGAAGCCUGUGACAGAGGCCAAGGCCGGCAGCAGGAACAGGGUGCGAGCUGUCCGGCACCUGGUCCAGCGCCUCCGGCUCAUCAAAUCCCCUGCCGAGAUAGCGCUCCUGCAGGGCGCUGGGCGGCUGACAUCCCAGGCUUUUAUAGAGACCAUGUUUGCUAGCAAAGCCCCAGUGGAUGAAGCAUUUCUUUAUGCAAAGUUUGAAUUUGAGUGUCGGUCUCGGGGUGCAGACAUCUUGGCCUACCCGCCUGUGAUCGCCGGGGGUAACCGGUCUAAUACUUUGCACUAUGUAAAGAACAACCAGAUCAUUAAGGAUGGGGAGAUGGUGCUGCUGGACGGAGGCUGUGAAUCUGCUGGCUACACGAGCGAUAUUACCCGCACCUGGCCGGUCAAUGGAAGGUUCUCUGCAGCCCAGGCGGACCUCUAUGAAGCUGUGCUGGACAUCCAGAAGGCAUGCUUGGCCCUCUGCCGCCCCGGCAAGAGCCUGGAGAACAUUUACAAUCACAUGCUGGCUCUGGUAGGGCAGAAGCUGCAGGAGCUCGGGGUGGUGACCGGCCUCCGAGCCUACGGUGUGACCAAGGCAGCUCGGAAAUACUGCCCCCAUCACGUCGGCCAUUACCUCGGCAUGGAUGUCCAUGACACGCCAGACAUGUCCCGCUCACUGCCCCUCCAGCCCGGCAUGGUGGUCACCAUCGAGCCAGGCAUCUACGUUCCUGAAGAUGACGAUGACGCCUCCGAGAGGUUCCGAGGUCUCGGCGUGCGCAUUGAGGAUGACGUCGUGGUGACAGAGGACUUGCCACUCAUCCUGUCUGCUGAUUGCCCUAAAGAGAUGCGCCAUGUUGAGCGCAUCUGUGACCGGGGCUCUUGACCUGAUGUCUGGGCAGACCUGUGCGCCUGUAUCCAUACCACACGCCUCAAGGGUCCUCCGUGGAUGUGCAUAUGCAUAUAUUCUCGAGUAUGUGUUUGUGCAUGUAUACGUCUAUGCAUACAUGCACAUAUGUGUGUGUGUGUAUAGACAUGUACACACACAUAUAUAUUGGUAUAUACUUCCUUAUCUGGGAGUCAGGGGGGAGUCUUUAUGCGGACAUUUUCCUUUUAUACUUGGGAAGCCUGAAGAGGGAUUAUUCAGCUAUACAUGAACACAGCUCUGGAAAGAGGAGGAAUCAUCUACACACCGAUAGUGAUUUAGGCUGGCGCAAGGUUUAAAGGUAGAGGGUGGGUGAGGCGUACCCAUAGCUUUAAUUAGUAAAUGGUUUAUUGUCAAAGGCAGAAAAGAGAGGCCCACAUCCUGCCCUCCCGAUUAAGCCCUCUGUGUUCCUGCUUCCAGCAACCCCAUGGCUACGGCUUCUUCGUGGUGUGUUUUUUGAGUGUUCACCAUCUGAACCUGCCCAGUCGUUGACGUAGAGAUCAGGUGCUUAGUGUAGCCUUCCUCUCUCCUCUGGGUCUUCAGCCAAGGGCAUGGGGCCUGAUCCCUGCUGUUGCCCACAGUUCACACCCAGAAGCCCUCAGCUGGCUGCUCUAUUUGCCUGACUUUGGUUGACUCUGCUGGUGUGGCUACAACCUCAGUGCGUGUGAAGGUUCAGAGUCCAUUCUGGCUGCUCCUGUGGCUUAGAGGGCAGGAGAGGCGCUUGGUUCUGGGCAGACCCUGAAAAGCCGCACCCUCCCUCACCUUCUCAUGCCUUCCUGUAGCUAACCCUGCCCCAAGUGCUUCCCAUUCCUUGGUAACGUUGCCUCUCUUCCCUGGCCGACUAUCACAGUGAUGUGACCGGCCCCCUCCCUGAGGCUGCAGGGGAGACUCGCUGUCUCUCCCACCAUUUGCUAUAGGGCAGUGCUAAUGUCCAUAAAGCCUCUGAUGAGCCGUCAGCUGUCCUGGCUCUUAUCGAGGCACACCUAGCUCUGGCCUUGGUGCUGGGGCCCGGCAAGGGAGGAAGCAUUAGGAAAGGGUUAAGAGUCAGUUCAAAAAUCAAAGCCCGAGCUUCAAAAAGUGCCAGUAAAAGGGCCAUGGAUUGUUUAAUAAACACGUCAGGGCAGUGAGGUUGAGAAGUAACACCCUUUGUGGCGUGCUGGAAGGGUGCCUAUCUGAUAGGACUGGAGAGAGAUACGGAGGAAGCCAAGGGCAGGCGCUCCAUCAGGAGGCAAGGAUAAUGUUACAAAGCCAAAGUGUUACAAAUUAUAUCCGGGCUGCCCUUCCCCCCACCCCCUCUGAGAUGGGGCCCAUGGUGGCUGGACAGCUGGAGCAGGUGUCCGCAAGGAGGCCCAGAGAACCAAGAUGUCCCUUUGCAGCCCUGACCCCUUGCACGCACGCACACACUCCCUCACCCGGGCCCCAACUUGGGUCUACCAUUGCUCACUUUUAAGUGUAGAAAAUGUGAUGAGCAAGGCAGAAGGGCUUCUGUUACCCGGGGUCCUUGAAUAAAAGAUUGCCUUUUCUUUCUACAUAGCAUUCCUUGUAAAAGAACACAUAGUAACAAAUCUUCGACUUUCUAGCUAAGAAACCAGCCAGUCUUGGGCUCAACGCUUGCUUGCAUUUGACACUUAACCUCCUCCUUCCCCAAAAAGAAACUUUCACGUCACUGGGGACUUGCAUCUGGACGCUAGAGCCCCAAGUGUGCCUUCUAGCAGAUUUGGGGGGGGGGGGCGGGCAUGCUGCUGGGCCAUUGUUCAGUCCCUGAAUCCCACCCAGAUCCUUCUGGAUACUUGAACUGAGCGACCGAUGCUCCCAAGGUCAGAGUCCCAAGCACAGUUGCCUCAAAGACUUACAGAACAGGUGUCUGGCCUUGCUGGGUUUGGGAAUUGGAAAGCAGACAGUUGUUCCACCUCGGGUACGGCCUAGUGCAUCCCAGAAAAAUUCAUCCUCCAGCCAGCAAAGUGUUCCAUCCUUUCCACGUUCACCCACACCCCCAAGUGAAAACUUGGUUGGGCAGUGACAGGAAAGAAACUCAAUUCUGUUUUCUGCUCCUUUUUCUUUCCUAAGUGGAGGUUGAGGAAGCUUUGAGGGACAACAUGCGUUGACACACAGUGAGGUUGUUAUUUCAAGGUGGCUAGUGCUACUUGUAUUGAAAAGAAUCUGGUUUUUUCCUUCUUGGUUUCUGGGUGAAGAGAGGAGAAGGCAGCAGCCUCGUUGCUGGGGCAUCACCGUUAGGUGGGUGACCUUUGUAAUAUGUCUGAUCUCCAAGCACCGGUGUUGGCAGUUAUUCUAAAGAGUGCUGAAAGGGAAGGACUGUGUGUCACGCAGCCUCCCCUCUUCACCGAGAGCAGGAGUCAUUUUAAGAUGUAUCAGAACCUAUCCUCAAAGCAGCUUGGUGAAUCCCUCAGGGAGUUAGGACCUUUUUGGCUUCAACCACCGAUAGCUCCUCUGCUUUUCCCAUGGUAGCAGAAAGAAGGGCCAGCAGUAACAAAGAGGAAGUCAGGAGAGGGCGUGGGGUUUGGGGGGCUUUUGGAUUUGGGUCUUCAUUUCUGGCCUUUAAACAGUGUUAAAGUCAGACUGGGGCCUUUGGCUUGAGGGUGGUGUCCCUUUAAGCUGAUGACUGCUCCGGUGCUGAUCUAGGCCCAUCCUUAACUGGAACAGGAGAGAAAGGUUGGAUCACGGAAUACCUCAUGCAUCCCUUGGGGGAAGACUCUGUCUCUUCUCUUAUUCCAAGGCCCUUCCCAAAUUCACAGAAUAACUGUUCCUGACUGCCCUCUGCUUCCUGCCGCCCCGGGGAAAUCAAGGCAGAUUCAUGGUAGGGAAUAGCAUCGGUCUCCUCGUGGGGUAGCUGAUCUCAACCAGCAUUCUGACAGUUUUGUGAGCUUGCCGUAUGUGCUGUGAAUGUUGAAUUUGGAUAAAAUGCUGUUACUUUGUAAAGACUUGCCUGCCCAGAUACCAGGUACCAACAAGGGAAAACCGUUGGUGCUGGUGUUUAAAAAAUAAACUGCCACGUGCUGUCUGCUG